AGACCCACUCAAACUGCCUGGCAUCUCCGGCUUUCGUGUUUUCCUUGCAGUGUAUCAGAAGCCAGUUCGCAGGCAGCCCUGGCAGGUCCGAGCGCACACCCACUGGGCUGAGGCCGACAGUCAGGGAGGGUGCCUGCAGGCGGGGCGGCCACGGUCAGAGGGAGGGGCCGCGCCCCGGGUUCGGUGACUGCGCCGCCCGCCCGGCUCGCCUAGGCUCCCGGGAUGCGCGGAGGCGGCAGCGAUGGCGAUGAUGACUCUAGCCCGGCAGCAUCCAGGCCACCGGGCGCAGAUAGGGUCACUGCUGCGACAUGGAGGAGGAAGGGCGGCGCUGCGGCCAGCUGGCAGAACACAAGAAAGAGACACCUCUCUCUGAAGAUGAACACAAGUGCCCCGCUCCAGAAUGUUCCCAAUGCCACCUUGCUACACAUGCCUCCCUUGCAGGGAGGAAAUAGCACUUCUCUCCAGGAGGGUCUUCGAGAUUUUAUCCACACAGCCACCUUGGUGACCUGCACGUUUCUGCUUGCCAUCAUCUUCUGUCUAGGCUCUUAUGGAAAUUUUAUUGUCUUCUUGUCUUUCUUUGACCCAUCCUUCAGGAAGUUCAGAACCAACUUUGAUUUCAUGAUCUUGAACCUGUCUUUCUGUGAUCUGUUUAUCUGUGGGGUCACAGCCCCCAUGUUCACCUUCGUGCUGUUCUUCAGCUCAGCCAGUAGCAUCCCAGACAGUUUCUGCUUCACCUUCCACCUUACCAGCUCAGGCUUCAUCAUCAUGUCCCUCAAGAUGGUGGCCGUGAUUGCCCUGCACCGGCUCCGGAUGGUGAUGGGGAAGCAGCCUAACUGUACAGCCUCCUUUUCCUGCAUCUUGCUCCUUACCCUUCUUCUCUGGGCCACCAGCUUCACACUUGCCACCUUGGCUACACUGAGAACCAAUAAGUCCCACCUGUGUCUCCCCAUGUCCAGUCUUAUGGAUGGGGAAGGGAAAGCCAUUCUGUCUCUGUAUGUUGUUGACUUUACCUUCUGUGUUGCUGUGGUGUCUGUCUCUUAUAUCAUGAUUGCUCAAACCCUUCGGAAGAAUGCUCAAGUAAAAAAGUGCCCUCCGGUGAUUACAGUUGAUGCUUCCAGACCACAGCCAUUCAUGGGGGCCUCUGUGAAGGGAAAUGGAGAUCCUAUCCAGUGCACCAUGCCAGCUCUGUAUAGGAACCAGAAUUAUAACAAACUGCAUCACAGUCAAACUCAUGGAUACACUAAGAAUACCAACCAGAUGCCAAUUCCCUCAGCCAGUCGACUCCAGCUGGUAUCAGCCGUCAACCUCUCUACUGCCAAGGAUUCCAAAGCCGUGGUCACCUGUGUGGUCAUCGUGUUGUCAGUCCUGGUGUGCUGUCUUCCUCUGGGGGUUUCCCUGCUGCAAGUGGUUCUGUCUGACAAUGGCAGUUUUAUCCUUUACCAGUUUGAACUGUUUGGAUUUACUCUGAUAUUUUUCAAGUCAGGAUUGAAUCCUUUUAUAUAUUCUCGGAACAGCGCUGGGCUGAGAAGGAAAGUGCUCUGGUGCCUGAGAUACACUGGCUUGGGCUUUUUCUGCUGCAAACAGAAAACUCGACUUCGGGCCAUGGGAAAAGGGAACCUUGAAAUCAAUAGAAACAAAUCUUCCCAUCAUGAGACAAACUCUGCCUACAUGCUGUCUCCAAAACCACAGAAGAAAUUUGUGGACCAGGCUUGCGGCCCAAGUCAUUCAAAGGAAAGUGUAGCAAGCCCCAGAGUCUCUGCUGGACAUCACCCGUGCGGUCAGAGCAGCUCGACACCCAUCAACACUAGGAUUGAGCCUUACUAUAGCAUCUAUAACAGCAGCCCUUCCCAGCAGGAGAGCAGUCCAGCAAACUUACAGCCAGUGAACUCUUUCGGGUUUGCCAGUUCCUACAUUGCCAUGCACUAUUACACCACCAACGAUUUGAUGCAGGAAUAUGACAGCACGUCGGCAAAACAGAUUCCUAUCCCCUCUGUUUAACAUGGCCAGAGAAUCUGCAGGGAACGUGUUUCUCUUCUGACUGAACAAGCCCUUUAAAAGAGUUUGAGGUCCACAGCAAAGCAAAGCCUGGAGUCAACUGAAGACUUGACAAUUAGAUUUUCUUUUGUCUAAAAUACUAGUAUCUGGGUUGGCUUCAUGUUUUCCUGACAUUUUAAGAUUUGAUGUAGAAGUUUAUUUCAAUUUCUACUCUGAUCUAGGUUUAUACUAAACUGCUAAGAAGAUGCUAGAAACUACCCUACUGAUGACCUGUUAAGUCAGUGUUACGGGACUUUAGAUAUGUAUUGGCUACAUUUUCUUUUUUUCCAUUAAUUUAUUUAUUUACUCACUUUACAUCCCGAUUGAAGCCUCACCUCUCCUCCCAGUACCCCCUCACAUGGCCCCUCUCCCAAUUCCUCCUCCCCUUCAUUUCUGAAAAGGGAGAGGUUCCUCCUGGGGAACCAACCCAUCCUGGCACCUCAAGUCAUUGCAGGACUAGGUACACCCUCUGCCACUGAGGCCAGACAAUGGCAGCCCAAUUAGGGGAGCAGGAUUCACAGACAGGAAACAGAGUCAGGGACAGCCACCGCUCUACUUGUUGGGGGAUCCAGAUGAAGACCAAACUGUGACAAAUGUGCUGGUGGGCCUAGGUCCAGCUCAUGUUUACUCUUUGGUUGGUGGUUCAGUCUCUGGGAGCCUUCAAGGGUCCAGGUUAGUUGCCCCUGUUGGCAUUCUGAAGGAGUACCUAUUCCCUCCAGGUUCCUCAAUCCUUCCUCCAACUCUUCCACAAGACUUCCCAAGCUCAGUCUAAUGUUUGGCUGUGGGACUCUGCAUUUGUUUCUGUCAACUGCUAUAAUUUCGCUACAUUUUUUUAAGAGAUGUUUGAAAACAAUGAUCUUUCUGAAGUGUUAUUUUUAUAAAAACAUGGAAUUUGUGUCUUUGAAGUACUGAAACAGCAAACAGUGUACUUUUUUUGGUGGCAAGUGAUUUAAAUAAAAAACUUCCUGUUAAAGCAGAAAA